GGGUUGACGACAUUAAGAGUCAUUUUAUGUGUCUUGUUAUUUAUUUUAAAUUAUUAAAAUAACGUAAAAGCACAAAUUAAUAAUAGCUUUCACCUCUAAUCGGUCAAAGUGAGAGACUGGUGAAUUUUAUUUUGUACCGUUGGUACUAAAUUUGGUGACACGUGUAAUGCAUUUUUGGGAUUUCACAACAUUGCGAGUUAUUUAUUAAUUAACAGUUGAGUCUUGAUGUCCGGUCUAGUUUACUAUGGAGUGUUUGAAAAUUUUUGAUGAAAAGUUCCACGAAAUUGUCACACCUGGAAUAAAAAGCAUUUUACUAGAGAACAACGACAUUGAAGAUGUAGAAACUUUCGUUUCGAACGAGUGGCUCCCUGAAAACCCAAACUCCCUAGCUUGUUCCUACUGCCGGGUAGAAUUCGAUCAGGUGUGCCAACAACGCGAACAUUACAAACUCGACUGGCACCGCUACAACCUGCGCCAAUCCCUGGCCCAAAAGCCCCCAAUAACCGAAGAGGAGUUCGACGAGAAGACCACCCAUGACGAUAUUUCAAGCAUUUCGGGCUCAGACUCGGAAAAAGACGACAAUUUAGACAGUUUUGCCACAGCUCAAGGCAAAGUCUUCCUGCAAUCCUCCUGCGGGACUGUCUUUUCCAUAUACUCGUGUCUGAUUUACCAAAAAAAAGAGGAAUUAUCAAAUGAAACAUUGUGGAAGAGAUUGCAAGACUGUGUCAAUAACCGGAAGUGGGCUGUGUUGAUGUUGGGUGGGGGGCACUUCGCGGGGGCUGUCUUCGAUAACAACGAGGUUGUUGCACAUAAAACGUUUCAUUGUUACACGGUAAGGGCCGGUCAAGGGGGGGUCCAAUCCUCCCGUGACAGUAAAAGUGGGGGUUCGGGCCCCAAAAGUGCAGGGGCGUCUUUGAGACGCUACAACGAACAAGCUUUAGUACAACACGUGAGAGGAAUUAUUGACACGUGGAAAACACAAUUGGAUCAAUGCGCACUUAUUUUAUACAGGGCUGCGGGGCCCUACAACCGGGGGGUUCUCUUCGGGGGUAAUUCCCCCAUUUUUGACAAAAACGAUACUAGACUACGAACAAUCCCGUUUUCGACUCGAAGGGCGACUUUUACCGAAGUAAAACGAGUCCAUUUGGAAAUGACCACGGCCCAAGUGUAUCACUCGUUAGAGACAGCAAUUCAACAUUUCACACGCCGAAAAAACACAAAACGGAGCAAAAUCAAGUCGCCGUGUAUUGAUAGGGCCAAAUCUAGGGAAAUAGUAGAGCGCCCUCUACCCGUCACUCAUGAAAGUAGUUCCGAUGAUGAAGCCUUAAACUUGUCGAGUGAAAAUACGGAAAUUUCGUUUGUCGAGUCACUCCAGGAGUUUGAGGACACGCUCACUCCCGAACAGAGAAAGAAAAGAAAACCGAAAAAAACUAAAACGAAACAAAAACAAGACUUAAUCCAAGUGUUGCAAAAAGGCGACGUUGCCGCCUUAUCACGGUUUAUAAACGACAAUGUUGAUGAAAUUAUCGACGAUGAAGGGAAUACUUCACUUCACAUCGCCGCAAUGAACGAACAAAAUGCAACACUGGAGUUUCUUCUACUCGAAAAAGGGGCCAAUCCCUGUGUGAAAAACCACAAGCAACAAACUCCCUACACCUGUACACAGAGUAGGGAAAUUCGGGAAACGUUGAAACAAUUCGCGCGGGAUUUCCCCGAAAAAUACAACUACAACAAGGCCCAAAUACCGACCAACGUCCUAACACCGGAGGAAUUAGCCGAGAAGAAGCGAGCGCAAAGGAAAAUCAAAAAGGAAAAAGAGAAGAUUAAAAAACGGGAAAAUGAGGUCAAAAAACGCGAAGAAAUGGAAAAAGAAAGAUUCCUGAAACUGAGUGAUCGCGAAAAACGGGCUUUGGCCGCCGAACGCAGGAUUUUAAGUCAGUCCGGGACUGUAAUAACGCGGUGUUUUCUAUGUGCUUGUGAUAUUACAGGAAAAGUACCGUUUGAGUACCUGGGGAAUAGGUUUUGUUCGGUGGAGUGUCUCAAGGCUCACCGAUUACAACACCCAAUCUUGUAGGAGUUUAUUGUACUGAAAAAAAUUCAACUAAGUAAAUGCAUCAAGGAAGUCAUCAAAUAAUUUCUCUAAAAAUAUCUAACAAUUCACAGAUUUGGUCCUUUGGUAGAAAAUUACAAAAUUAGUUUUUUUUUUUUCAUACUGAACGUAAAUAUAAUCCAUUCAAGCAAAAGUUGUUCCGAAACGAGCCGCGAAGCGGCGAG